AUGCAGGCCUACACCGAGCUUGCGGCUCCCUCAGCCGUCACACACUCGUUGACCGUCUCCCUCACUUCAGCUACGGCAAACAAUCUCGUUGUCGCAAAGGGCUCCCUACUCCAAAUCUUUACAACAAAGACCAUCGCCGCCGAAUUCGACCCCGAGAAUCAACCUGCCCAACCUACCAAGCCUGAACCUGAAUUCGAUCACCGCGCGAACGAUGAUGAUGGUCUCGAAUCUUCUUUUCUCGGUGGCGAGACUAUGAUUGUCAAGACCGAUCGAACAAACAAUACAAAGCUAGUCCUUGUCGCGGAGCUUCCAUUUUCUGGUACAAUCACGGGUUUGGCAAAGAUCAAGACCAAGCACUCGAAAUGCGGAGGUGAAGCUCUACUCCUAGCAUACAAGGCUGCUAAGCUGUGUAUGGCCGUGUGGGAUCCCGAGAAGAGUACCUUGGAGACCAUCUCUAUCCACUACUACGAGAAAGAAGAGCUACAAGGUGCGCCAUGGGAGGUUUCCUUUGACGAGUAUGUCAAUUACCUCCAGGCUGAUCCUGGCAGUCGAUGCGCCGCCUUCCAAUUCGGCUCGCGCAACCUCGCGAUUCUACCAUUCCGACAAGCGGAAGAAGACCUGGAGAUGGAUGAUUGGGAUGAGGAUCUCGACGGGCCACGACCUGUCAAGGAGACUGCUACAGUGGCCAAUGAAGAUAGCGACACAUUAGAACCACCAUAUACACCAUCUUUUGUCCUCCGUCUUCCGCUGCUUGAUCCCAGUCUGCUUCAUCCCGUGCACUUCGCCUUUCUGCAUGAGUAUAGAGAACCGACCUUUGGAAUUUUGUCGUCCAGCCAAGAACCUGCGCAUUCGCUUGGUCAGAAGGAUCAUCUUACAUACAAGGUUUUCACGCUAGAUCUUCAACAGCGAGCUUCGACGACUAUUCUUUCGGUUACGGAUCUUCCUCGAGAUUUGUUCCAGAUUCUUGCUUUGCCGGCGCCUGUUGGUGGUGCUUUGCUUAUUGGAGAGAAUGAGUUGAUUCAUGUUGAUCAGUCGGGUAAAGCCAAUGGUGUGGCUGUGAACUCAAUGGCACGACAGAUUACAUCUUUUAGCUUGACGGACCAAGCGGAUUUGAACUUGCGAUUGGAGCACUGUGUUAUUGAGCAACUGCAAAUCGAAAACGGAGAAUUGCUAUUGGUGCUGAACGAUGGCCAGCUUGCUAUUGUAUCUUUCCAGAUCGAUGGUCGAACAGUUUCUGGACUCAGCGUCAAGAUGGUCACAGACGAAAACGGGGGCAACAUCGUCAAGGCUCGAGCAUCAACAGCAACCAAGCUCGGCAAGAACUCUUUCUUUGUCGGUAGCGAAACUGGCGACUCUGUGGUUUUGGGUUGGACAAGGAAGAUGGGCCAAGAAAAGAGAAGGAAACCUCGUCUGAUUGAUGCAGACAUUGCGCUUGAUGUGGACGAACUGGAUCUUGAGGACGACGAUGAUGAAGACGACGAUCUAUAUGGUACCGAGUCUGCGGCUGCGAAACCGGCUCCGGCACUUAGCGGAGGCAAAUCAGGCGAACUGAGCUUCCGCAUACACGACACCCUGCUCAGCAUCGCGCCAAUCAAGGAUCUCACCGCUGGAAAAGCAUCUUUCCUUCCUGAUAGUGAAGAGAACACUCUCUCAGAUGGUGUUGUCUCAGACCUUCACCUCGCCUGCAUCGUCGGACGAGGAAAAGCUGGAUCAAUGGCCAUUCUCAACCGAAACAUCCAACCCAAGGUCAUUGGAAGAUUCGAGUUCCCUGAAGCACGAGGAUUCUGGACUAUGUCUGUCAAGAAACCAUUGCCUAAAGCACUUGGUGGAAAUGCCACUGUUGGAGAUGAGUACGAGACGUAUCAACAGCACGAUAAGUUUAUGAUUGUGGCCAAGGUCGAUCUUGACGGUUACGAGACUUCAGAUGUGUAUGCUCUUACUGGUGCUGGAUUUGAGACGCUGAAGGAUACUGAGUUUGACCCUGCUGCUGGUUUUACGGUUGAGGCUGGGACGAUGGGGAAGCAGAUGAGGAUCAUUCAGGUUCUCAAGUCAGAGGUUCGAUCCUACGAUGGAGAUCUUGGUCUUACGCAGAUUUUGCCCAUGUUGGAUGAAGAAACUGGCGCAGAACCCAGAGUCACAAGCGCAAGCAUCGCCGACCCAUACUUGCUGCUCAUUAGAGAUGACAGCAGUCUCCUACUUGCCCAGAUCGACAGCAAUAACGAGCUCGAAGAAGUGGAAAAGAUGGACGACACACUCAAGAACACCAAGUGGCAUGCUGGAUGUCUGUACGCGGACGCAAAGGGCGCUUUCCAGCCUACUAGCGAUAAGAGCGAGACUGAGAAGAUCAUGAUGUUCCUGCUCAGCUCAACAGGUGCACUACAUGUAUACGCUCUUCCUGAUCUUUCAAAGCCCGUCUACGUCGCUGAGGGUCUUUCUUACGUACCUCCUCACUUGUCAGCGGAUUACACGCUGCGAAGAGGUCUAGCAAAGGAGACUCUGCGCGAGAUUCUUGUAGCUGACCUUGGUGACACUAUCUCUCAAUCUCCAUACCUCAUCCUCCGAAACCAAACCGACGACCUCACAAUCUACGAACCUCUCCGUCACGUAAGACAAGGCAGCGAAACAAACCUCUCCGCCACCCUCAGCUUUAAAAAGACAUCAAACGUAACAUUAGCUACAACACCCGUCGAAACAGAACAAGACGAUGAUGUCGAGCAAUCCCGUUUCAUGCCACUGCGCAGAUGCACAAACAUCAACGGCUACAGCACCGUCUUCCUCCCAGGCUCAUCACCCAGCUUCGUCCUAAAGUCUAGCAAGAGUAUCCCUCGUGUCAUAGGCCUUCAAGGACUCGGUGUUCGCGGUAUGAGCAGUUUUCAUACAGAGGGUUGUGAUCGUGGUUUCAUCUAUGCAGACGACAAGGGCAUUGCGCGCGUUACUCAACUUCCUCCUGAUACAAACUUUACCGAACUUGGUAUCUCAGUCAAGAAAGUCCCUCUAGGCGCCGACGUUCGCGGUAUUGCGUAUCAUCAACCUACUGGUGCUUACAUCGCAGGCUGCAUGAUUAGCGAACCCUUCGAACUUCCCAGAGACGACGACUAUCACAAGGAGUGGGCCAAGGAAACACUCUCCUUCGCACCAACCAUGCCCCGAGGCGUGUUGAAACUUAUUAGUCCUAUCAGCUGGACCGUCAUUCACGAAGUCGAGCUUGAAUCGUGCGAAUCAAUCGAGUGCAUGAAAACUCUGCACCUCGAAGUCUCAGAAGAUACCAAAGAACGUCGCUUCCUCGUCGCUGUCGGAACAGCUGUGUCAAAGGGUGAAGACCUACCCAUUAGAGGUCGCGUGCACGUCUUCGAUAUCGUCACAGUUAUUCCUGAGCCCGGCAAGCCAGAGACAAACCGCCGUCUCAAAGCCAUCGCACGUGAAGAUAUUCCCCGUGGUGGCGUAACAGCUAUUUCCGAAAUCGGCACUCAAGGUCUUAUGCUCGUCGCCCAAGGUCAAAAGUGCAUGGUGCGAGGUCUCAAGGAAGACGGAUCCCUUCUUCCCGUCGCGUUCCUCGAUAUGAGCUGCCAUGUCUCCAGCGCGCGUGAACUUUCGCGGACGGGUUUGUGUCUCAUGGCCGAUGCGUUCAAGGGUGUUUGGUUCGCGGGAUAUACAGAGGAGCCGUAUACUUUCAAGGUCCUGGGUAAAAGCCAUGGUCGAUUACCUGUGCUUGUAGCGGAUUUUCUACCUGAUGGUGAUGAUCUUGCUAUUGUUGCGGCGGAUGCUGAUGGAGAUUUACAUAUCCUUGAGUUCAACCCCGAGCAUCCCAAAUCUCUUCAAGGCCAUCUCCUUCUUCACAGAACUUCCUUCUCCGUCUCCCCCAACCCACCCUCAACAACCCUUCUCCUCCCCCGAACAACACCCCCUUCCCAUCCACCCCCCCAAGAACCUCCCCACACCCUCCUCCUCGCUUCAACAUCCGGCCACAUCGCAAGUCUGAUUCCCCUACCAGAGACAACAUACCGCCGUCUCCUCUCCGUAACAAACCAGCUUCUACCCGCGCUCACACCGCACGGCGGUCUGAACGCCAAGGCGCAUCGUUUGCCGGAUGGUAUAAGACCUGUCGGUGUUGAAGCAGCGGGUGGAAGGGCGAUUGUUGAUGGAGCGGUUUUGGCUAGGUGGGCUGAGCUGGGUGCUGCGAAACGGGCGGAGAUUGCUGGUAAGGGCGGUUAUGAUGGUGUUGGGGAGUUGAGGGAGGAGUUGGAGGGUGUUUUGGGAUGGAGUGGUAUGUCGUACUUUUAG